AUGAUUCGCCAAUCAAUAUUGAGACUAUGUCUUGAUAUCUCACUCCUCAUCGGUGUCUUCCAGCCUACCUACGCCCUUCCACAUACUUCUGCUCUAUAUGGCUGGGCCUCAGCUGACGGAAACGAUGAAUCGUCACAAAGGGCACCUCUUCGAGGAAGCUCGAUUUUACUUGGGGUCGUCCAAGAUGAAUUGAGCUCAGGGAGCAGCGCUGAGGUUCCACAGUCUUCAUUUGAGCUGGCACCCGGUCAAGCCACCAACGCCGAUAUAGGAACUCCAUUCACCUUCAAAGACACCCAGAACCCCCAGCCUAUUCGAGGUGACCUAGGAUCCACAGACCCUGGUCCACGAACAUACGCAUACGAUCGCUUAAACCCUAAUACCUUCGCACCGCCAGGCUCAGAUAAUGGUGAGGUAACACAGGGAAAGUGGCCACUUGGUCUCUCUCACAACCGUAUACUCCCUGGGCAUGCAGGAUGGUCUCGGCAAGAAAAUACCGAUGUUCUUCCUGGCGCCACGGCAAUGGCCGGGGUAGAUAUGAAAUUGGCACCUUGGGCCUAUCGCGAAUUACAUUGGCAUCAGGCAAAUGAGUGGGGUAUCAUUCUGAACGGAAGCGUACGAGUACAAGCGAUGAAUGAAGACGGGCAGACAUUUAUAGAUGACCUUGAUGCUGGUGAUGUGUGGUAUUUUCCCUCUGGAGUGCCUCACUCAUUGCAGGCACUUGAGUUGGGCUCUGAGUUCAUGCUUGUAUUCGACCAAGGUGACUUCAGUGACGGGGGAACAGGCUUGAUAACCGAGAUGUUUCUACGUAACCCGAAAGAAGUUUUAUCGAAGAACUUUCAAGCGCCAUUGGAAGAUUUUGAUGAGAUUCCUCAGGAUCAGCUGUACAUUUUGAACGGGACGCCAGCGCCUAAGGAUAUCAAGGAACAAACUAUUUCAGGGCCUGGAGGCGUGUCUUCUGGCAAUGAUAGUUAUACAUAUCAUUUAUCGAAGCAACCUGCAUAUGAGACGCCUGGCGGCAGCAUCAAAAUUAUUGACCCGAUCAACUUUCCUAUUGCGGAGAACUUCAGUGCGGCCCUUGUGACCAUUAAGCCUGGGGCAAUGAGAGAAAUUCACUGGCACGGUACCAGUGACGAAUGGGGGUUUUUCCUAGCUGGCAACGCAAGAGUUAGUGUAUACGAAGCUCCAACCUCCGGCGCGACAGUUGAUUUCGCAGCAGGCGACAUUUCAUAUGUGAAGGCCACGGCAUCGCAUUACAUUGAGAAUACUGGCGACGAAGAUGUUGUAUUCUUGGAAAUGCUACAGGCGCCUCGGUUCACUGAUAUCUCGGUUGCACAAUGGUUGAAACUCACGCCCAAACAAAUCAUCAAGGAUACUCUGCAUUUGCCGGAUAGACUGCUAGAUAACCUUUCUCCCAACAAGCAGUAUGUUAUUCAGGGAAAUCGCAAUUUGACAGCUCUGGCUGGUGGGUCAGGUAUUGCAUAA